AUGAUUGCAGUACACCACCACCCCACUGGACUGCUUAAGACAGCUAAAAGUGUUGGAUUUCAAUAUCCUACUACAUUAAGAUUAUUCCACAUCGGUUAUGUUCUAGGCGUAAUAUAUGGAUUCUUGUUCUCACUCAUCUUAACAGCGAGAGAAAACUACUCAGAUGCUAGUCUAAUCAGUAGCAUCGUACUUGGAGUUAUCAUCUCUGAGACAGGAUUAUUUAUCAGCUUUUUCUGGGGAGUAUAUACUACGAGUUGGACUACUGGUUUAGAUCUUGAAGGUCUUUGUUUACCGGAUCCAAGUUCUCUUGUGCUUUUCAUGACCAUCAUGUUAAGUGCAUUAGCAGAGCAUAGUUAA